GUCCAGUAGGUGGCAGCACUCAGAAACACUUUGGACAACAUACAGUAUGUCUCCUGCUGGUCUUUACUGAAGCCUGCGCCAAUUGUCCUUGUUUACUCAAACACUUUCCUUCAGCUAAUCAAGAGCUUGUGCUAUGGUUUAGGAGCGGGAGCUUCUCGCAAUGUCAUGCACGAUGAGUGUGGAUGUGAAGAAACUGAAAGUGAAUGAGCUGAAAGAGGAGUUGCAGAAGCGUGGGCUGGACACCCGAGGCUUCAGAGUGGAUCUGGUGGAGCGGCUGCAGACGGCUCUGGAGGCUGAAAACGAACCCACCUGCAGUGAUGAUGAGACAGAAGCAGGUGUUGCAGAGGCUGGGAAUGCUGAGGGUUCUGACCAAGGGCAGAUGGCUGCUGAGAAAGAGGGCUCUUAUAUAGACCCCAGUGUUUCUGAAGUCUCUAAAGAUGAAAAUAAACCAGAGAAUGUGAAUGUACAACAGGCAACCGUCGAGACAAUCUGCAAAAAGGUGGCACCAGUAAAUGUGAAAAAUGAGGAUGAGAUAAAGACGGAGCAACAAGGACAGCAGCGACCGGCUCCUGGCAGUGAAUGGGAAGAUCUGGAGAGCCAGCAGAAUGCAGAGAUCAAGACUGAACGGGACAGACAUGCUCACUAUGGCCACAAGAGGCGCUAUGAUGAGAGCCAGGGUUUCAGCUAUCAUGAACACCGUGAAGACAGGAGGUCCCGCUCACCUCUGCCAUCUGUUGAAGAGGAUGAGGAAGACUUUGAUGGCACGCUUGUGGUCAUUGACACUUAUAACUGUGACUUGCACUUCAAAGUCUCUCGGGACCGUUGCAGCGGCUGUCCUUUAACCACUGAGGGGUUUGCUUACCUGUGGUCUGGAGCACGAGCUACGUAUGGUGUAAACAAGGGAUGCGUGUGCUAUGAGCUGAAGGUUAUGGAGUAUAUACCAGUCAAGCAUCUUCCCGGCAGUGAGCCUGACCCUCACGUGGUGAGAGUCGGGUGGUCUCUGGAUUCCUGCAGCACACAGCUUGGAGAGGAGGCGUUCUCUUAUGGGUAUGGCGGAACAGGAAAAAAGUCUACCUGUUGCAAAUUUGAAGAUUACAGAGAGAAAUUCAGUGAAAGUGAUGUCAUUGGAUGCUAUGUUGAUUUUGACAGUCAUGAGCAAGUGGAAAUAGCUUUCUCAAAGAACGGGAAGUGGCUUGAUGUGGCAUUUCACGUAUCUAAAGAAGAACUGGCAGGUCGUGCACUGUAUCCUCAUGUUCUUGUGAAGAACUGCUCUGUUGAGUUUAACUUUGGCCAGCGAGCAGAACCUUUCUUUCCUUUGCAAGAUGGCUACACUUUGAUUGGGGCCGUCAACUUAGAGAACAGGGUCAGAGGAACUGUUGGUCCCGCCAGCAAAUCUGAUUGUGAGAUACUGAUGAUGGUUGGUCUUCCUGCUUGUGGUAAAACCACAUGGGCCACAAAGCAUGCAAAGAUGAACCCAGAGAAGAAAUAUAACAUCCUGGGCACAAAUGCUAUCAUGGAGAAAAUGAAGGUAGGAUCAGCAGGUUUAAAUGAGUUUUAUGGUCCACAAUUGUAAAGAAAUCAUGUUCUUGGGGCUUAAAACAAGUGCAAUCAAAUGGAACAGAUUUUUACUUUAUGUAUAAAUUUGUAAUGUAAAUAAUUGUAUAAAAUAUACAUUUUACUCUUCAAAUGUUUAGGCUCAGUAAGAUUUUUGUUGUUAUUGUUUUU